GUUUGAAUCUCAAAGACGAAAGUUCCUUUAGAAAACUUACUUUCAUUUACAAAGACAUGUAUUUUUAUUGUGCACCAUCAUUGUUAACCAGUAUGAAAAGUAUUGUUUUCGCACCAGGCCGUAAAAUACUUUGGACUGUCUUUUUUUAAAGGGUCAAAGGCUUGCCACGUGAUCGGGCGCCAUCUUUGUUAUUAUCAGCUGGUACAAACACGGAUAUCUGUCUUCUUGCUGCUGCAGGUUGGAUGAAUAUAGACCUGUGACUUGUGACUUUGACUGGGGCGUCAAUAUGACCGAAGUGCUGACAGAAGAGCAACUUGAAGUGCUCAACGAGCACAAGUACAGCGCCCAGGGCUCCUCCAUAUCAGAAGUGGUCAUGCAAAAAUUCUGGCGAUGGCUUGUCGAACAGGUGCCCCUCUGGGUUUCCCCGAACGCCAUCACUUUGGUCGGUUUGAUAAUUAACGUCGCAACGUCUCUCGUCUUGGUGUAUUAUAGUCCGGAUGCUAAACAUGCGAUCCCUGCAGGUGCCCUGUUAUUAUGUGCUUUAGGUUUGUUCAUCUAUCAGUCCCUGGAUGCCAUAGAUGGCAAGCAAGCUAGAAGGACCAACAGCAGUUCCCCUCUUGGAGAGCUUUUUGACCAUGGGUGCGACUCCAUAUCUACAGUAUUUGUUAUGCUGGCCACAGCUUUGACUAUGCAAACAGGGACAAAUCCAGACUGGUUGUUUCUACAGUGCUUUGCAGCAACAUUCUUCUUCUAUGCUGCUCACUGGCAGACUUAUGUGACAGGAACUAUGAGGUUUGGAAGAAUUGAUGUCACUGAGGCACAGAUUGUCAUGAUUGCAGUGUAUAUCACCACAUCUGUGGUAGGCCAUGAUAUCUGGGCAUUUCAGGUUCCAUUAAUUGGCUAUGAACUAAAACACCUUAUGAUCAUAAGCAGUAUAGCAGUGACCACCUUGAGUAUGAGUGAAAGCUUUUCUAUAAUCCUUUUAGAAGGAGGUGCAGGAAAAAAUGGUUCCACAAUUGCUGGUACCAGUGUUUUAUCACCUGUAAUUCCUAUUGGCACAAUCCUCGUUAUGGCCUAUACUAUUUACAAGAAAUCAGCAACACAUAUAUUUGAAAAUCAUCCAUGUCUAUAUAUCAUAGCCUUUGGGUUAGCUGGCGCUAAGGUGACCAAUAAGCUAGUGGUUGCUCAUAUGACCAAAAGUGCAAUGUCAAUGCUGGAUUCCAGUAUGAUUGGCCCAGGAAUGCUAUUUCUCAACCAAUAUUUCAAUACUAUUUUAGAUGAAUAUCUUGUCCUAUGGCUCUGCUUAUUGUGGACCCUGGUCGAUCUUUGUCGUUACUCUGUGUUCGUCUGCGUACAAAUCUGUGACUACAUGGAUAUAUACUGUUUUAAAAUCACAUCCCUUGAAAAAGAGAAAAAUGGCAGAGGGACUCUCUCAUCCAGGCCAGUAACAAGAAGUCAAGGAAGAAAGAAGAAAGUUAACUAACUGCCUGUUGAAAAGAAGGAAUUGUUUACACAGAUCAGGUUUUCAUAGAUUGUUUGUGGAUGAGAAUUUUUUUUUUUGAAAAAGUGCAGUACACAAGCACACAUUGAUAUUAUUACAAAGUGUUCAUUUCUCAUCUUUAACUUAGAGGCUGCUGAAUCAAGAAAUGGGAUAAAUUCACAGUUAGUAUUACUUGCUUACACUGGAAAAGAGUUCAGUAUUUCAAUGGAAAGCAUGGGUAAAAAUUUGAACUCAAUUUUUGCUUGAUUGUUUUGUGGAAAGUAUUGGUAGAAGUGGGAAUGUUGUAUUUAUUGUCAGUGUUGUACUGCAAUGUAUAUUUUUUUCAAGUUCACUUUUUUCAGAACUUAAUUUGCUUUACACAGGUUCCUUUCUUGUCUACAAAAAUUAUGGAAAAUCAUUUUGAAGGUAGUGCACAAAAGUAUAGUGAGAAUUACAUCUAGUUUUGCAUUACACAUGUCAUCAGGGUAUUUUCUCCAAAGAAAAAAUUCUCAGGACCAAAAAGUUGCUGGUCCUCUCAGUUUUACUGCAUAGUUACCUCCAUUAUGUGUUCCUAGACUACAGUAUGUCUAUAAUAAAAAUGGAACGCGGAAUACAGAUCAGCCUUUCAACAGUAUCAAAUUUGAAAAUGCCUGAAUAUAGUAAUUUUAUAUUAGUCUAAGAUUAGAAUAGGUUAAAGAUAAAUUGUGUAUCAUCAUAGCUUGCCAUAUGCUUAUUUUGUUUAAUGCCAUAGCGAUUGUAGGAAACUACAAUGGUUUUAUAGCCUUGUGCAUGCUUCACUUUGUUACUGUCUCUUUGUGUAUCUUCUCUGUUUUCCAAAUGCAAUGAUUUUAUGUUGCCAUAUGUUAAUUAGAAUCAUUUUUAUUUACCUACGAGAAGGAUUGUUAAGGGAACAAGAGUGCAUUUUGUAAAGAUACUGGUAGUACCUUUUGAUUUUCCAUGUGUGUGAUAUGGCUAUCAUAUAGUCACCAUACAAACAAUGCAGUCUGUGGUAGCUCAAGUACUGACAUAGGUUUUUUGCCUAUGGUUUUCAUUCCCAUCCUUGCAGAUUGCAAGAUGUAAAGGUGCGUAGAGUAGGCAGCAUUGUCCAGAUGAGUUACUGAAAGGAAUUUUCAAUGCACUUGAAAAGGAUAUAUUAUUUUUCAGAAGUAAAGUUGCAAACCUUAUUGUUGCACUACUGGAUGAGUUGGAACAUUCACUCUCUCAGUAUAUUAUUGUGUUCUGGUGGCUUAUAAAAAUAUGAGUUCACCUUAGACAUAAAAUUGUUUAUUGGGUUAUUUUCAGUGCUAAAUGUUUGCUUUAAAUUUAUUUUUAUGUGUAAAAUAUUCACGGAUGCUUUUCUGCUCAGCUUUUACUUGUUCACUGACACUACGUGUUCACAGUAGUUUCAAGAAAUUACAAAGUAUAAGUUAUGAAAUCUAAGUUUAAUCUGAUGACAUUUAGACAUGUAUAGCUGCUUUGCUAACAAAAAAAAAGCACAAGUUCACUUUAGCACAAGUCUUAUUUGCCUAUGUUCACUUGCAGUAUCAUGUUGUUGAAUAAGCUACAGAAUAAUCCAAAUUCAUAUAGAAAGAAGCCAGGUUUGAUCUCUUUUAGUAUCCCUCAUUUUUAGUGACAGAAAUCAGUUUAUAACCUGGUCAGACAGUGUAAUGCCUUGAAACUUUUUUGAAGGAAUUGUUGUGUACUGAAGAAGAACAUUUUUUCACAUGAUCAUGUUUGUCACUCUUUGAUUUGUUGAACGUCUAAGCUUAUUUCAAGAAAUUUUCAAGAAAUUCAAGGUUUGUUGUAUCCUUAUUAUUCUUUUCAGCACACAGAGCUAGGUGAACUGAUAAAUUACUAAGGGAGAUUGUAAUCAAGCCUGACAUAAACUCAAACAAGUGUUUUUGUGACAACUAAAAUAGAGAAUGAGACUGCCUUUCUAGAUUUUCAAUAUUUUUAGAAGAUUAAAAUUCAUAUCAAUAAAAUAUUACAUUAUUUUAUGUAAGA